AUGCAUCCGCACUUGCAUACAAAAGACAACGUCGCCUGCGAGGAGGUCAUGACGGCCCUUGAGGAAUGCCACGCCCGCGGUUUCCUGUGGAAGUCGUUAGGCAUGUGUAGCGACACGAAGCAACAGGUCAACAUGUGUCUGCGAGCCGAGAGACUGAAGCGCACGGCAGUGAACCGCGAGAAAGCCAAGGCUAAGAGGGACAAGAUCAACAAGGCGUGGGCCGAGAUUGACGAGAACUCAUAA